UUGGAGAUUGAAAUGUGGAAAGCAUUUCCAUAUUAAGUCUAGAAAUUACUUAUCAUCCAUAGCUCUGCUGAAGUGGGACUUUUUGGUCAAGCAAUAUAAUGCCUAGAAAUAUUCCUGUGAUUUUAUUAGAGACGUGUUGUUAAUAAUGAAUAGCUGUAUGGUAUAACAGGGUUAAAGCUGGAUCUUAGGAAUCGAAAGGUUUACAAGGGUUUUCCAUAAUUUGGCUAUGAAGUUCAGGAAUUAGGAUUUUGACCAACAGAAAUAGGGUAAGUAGGUAAAAGAAAACUGCUGUUGAGUUAACCGCAUCGAAUAAGCUUAGGAAUCUCCAUACAAGGAUAGUGAAGCUGUCACCACUGAAACAUAAUAGGAAGUUAAGUUGGGUGGUCCAUCAAAGGCCUAUAUUUACCUCUUAUUCUGUGGAUUAUACCUGAUUGAGGUUUGCUAUAGAAAUUUGAACAUUUUCAUGAACUCCUGAACAUUAUAACUUCAUGUUUGAGAUUGGCUGACACCUUCAAUCUCUCUGCUGAAGGCUGAGGUCUCCUAUGCUGAUGAUUUGAUGUAGUUAACCUUUCUUCCUCUUUAUGUUGGUCAGCACUCUUAUUUUCUGUUCUAUGUGUACGUUUCCACCAUAAUUUUUUUUUCCAAUCUUGUUUUCUAGAAAUAUCAUAAACUGUGGAUCAUUGGAUCCUUAUCUCUGCCCAUCAUCUAUGCUGAAAACUCCAAAGGUUUCAUCACUGUCUAUUUUACUUGAAACCAAUGCCUGCCAUGAAAAUUAUGUUAAAAAAAUGACCUUUUGGUGAUCAAUUUAGGAAAUUCAAGACAUUGUAUCUGAUCCUCUCCAACUCAGGCUUAUUUGGUAAAAGCAAAAUCGAUAUUUUCUUCCUGAUUGCAGGAACCUGUUAUUCUUAACCUUUUCCUGUGCAGUAUUUUCUAGAUAGGCCGAAUUUCUUCCUACAGAAUGCCAGGCUCUUCCUGUGUCUCCACAUUCGAGCCUCUCUCUAUUUUUUUAUUUCAACAGGGAGUGAUGAACCCUAGUGGGACAUAAAGUUGGGGAAAAUAGUUGGAAGAAUGUGCUGUUUCUGAAAUCUUACAACUUGUCAUUCAUUGCCGGAAGAUUAGACAGCAUGUCUACUGAUAUGGAGGAGGCCAGGAAGGCUUAUGCCGAAUUUGAGGAGAAAGUGAAGAGGACAGUGUUCCUCGACAAUCUUUCUCCCAAGGUCACACCUGCUGUCAUCAAAAUGGCGCUUGGUCAAUUUGCUAAUGUGGUGAAUGUGGAGUUUAUCCCGAACUACACAAUACCUUAUAAUAUUCCACAGUGUGCUCUGGUGGAAAUGGAGGAUGAAGAUAAGGCUAAAGCCAUAAUCACUGAGAUGACCAACUUUCUGUUCAUGAUGUCUGGAAUGCCGAGGCCUGUCAGGGCACGACCUGCCAAAGCAGAGAUGUUUGCUGACCGUCCUGCACCACUUGACCGGAAGAUAGAAGUUCGCUGGGUGGACCCAUCUGAUCCAGAUUUUGUGGUGGCAAAGAAGCUUAAGGAAAUGGUCCAGAGACACAAGGCAGAAACUUUGGCCUUGGUUAAGCUUCAACUGGACGAAGAGGAGAAGCUUGCAAAGCAGCAGGCCGAAAUACUGAAGUCUAACGUCAAGAAGUACGAGAUGAUAGAGACCAUCAUGCAAGAUAAGACUGCCUCCCGCUUGGCCCGCCAUUAUGGUGUUACGCUCGGUGAUGAGUGAGCACUUCUGUUGAGGAAAGGCUUUCAUAGUGUAUGGGUCAUUCUGAGUGAAUUCUUGAAGAGUUUGUACAGUUCGAUGGGUAUGGAACUUCUAUGUUACAGUUCAUAUGGGUACGUUAUGUUAUGGCAUAUUAGGAAUAUAGAAGUGUAUAAUGUUACAUAUUGCAGCAAUCAAUCAAACUCGUCUUUGCAAGUGUUUUCUUAGA